AUCAGACAGUUCGAUAAGAGCCGUUUCAGCUGUUUUUCCUCGCAAAAUGGACGUAAUAAAGCCGGAUUUGUUGUGGAUCGGGUCUCGUUGCUACCGAGUCAAUCAAACUGUAAACACUGCAUCUCUUGGAGGUUCCCAACUGCCCGAAAAGUACGUCGAACACGACGCCUACGACGAUGAUUGCGUUGCUGACGAGGAAAAUUACCAGAUUGAAUGCACAAAUGGACGUUAUUUGACUGCUUUUCACGUGCCUUCGCAACUUUUUGGCGUGAUAGUUGGUGCCAAAGGGGCCACACGACGCCGCAUCGAAACGGAAACCAGCACAAAAAUCGAAAUUCCCAAGCAGGGUCAAGAUGGUGACAUCAAAAUAACCAGCAACAAUGCCAAAAGUGUCUCUGCCGCACGACGACGCAUCGAAAUUAUCGUCAUUGGAGCGCGAAUGAAGAUGGAUUUCACACAUUUCUUGUCCGUGCCCAUGGUUGAACCCGAAAUUCAAGAGACUUUUUUGGAUUUUAAGACCAAAGUACUCGGAGACAACGAAAUUUACGGCAUUACGGAGAAAUAUUUUCAAAAUCCGCACAGACUUCACAUCACAAUCGUGCUUUUGACGUUGUUGGACAACGCGGAUCGAGCUCUGGCUGCACAAUAUUUGCGGGAAUGCGAGGAAACGAUCGUCAGCCAGUUCAAAGGAUUGGAACUGCAAAUGAAGGGACUUGAAAUAAUGAAUGACGAUCCAUCGGCAGUGAAUGUUUUGUUUGCUGCGAUCGAAAGUGAGGCAAUGCAAGCGAUGAGCGACCAAUUACACGAAUAUUUUUGCAAUAAGGGAUUGAUGCAGCGGAAAAAUGACCAUGUAAAGUUGCAUGUGACUCUGAUGAACACAAAAUUUUUGAAGAAUCAGGAGGAAAAUAGUCGAGUUGAAGCUUUUGAUGCCACGAAAAUCCUCCAAAAGUACGGAAAUUUCAACUUUGGACGAGUAAAAGUCAAGGAAAUUCACCUUUCGCAAAGACAUACAAGUGGAACUGUUGGAUAUUACGAGGCUUCUUGCAUUAUCAAAGUCUGAAAAAGAAAUAAAAAAUAUUUUUUUACGU